AUGGUCGCUAUUCCAGGAGGAGCGUUCACAAUGGGCACUGAUGAGCCUGAAAUACAGCAAGAUGGAGAAUGGCCUGCUAGAAGAGUCCACGUUAACAGUUUCUACAUGGAUCAGUAUGAGGUCAGCAAUGAGGAGUUUGAGAGAUUUGUGAAUUCUACUGGGUACGUUACUGAGGCAGAGAAAUUUGGCGAUUCCUUUGUGUUUGAGGGAAUGCUGAGCGAAGAAGUGAAGGCUGAUAUCCACCAGGCAGUUGCAGCUGCUCCCUGGUGGUUGCCUGUGAAAGGAGCCAGCUGGAAGCAGCCCGAGGGUCCUGACUCCAGUAUCUCCAACAGAAUGGAUCAUCCAGUUCUCCAUGUUUCCUGGAACGAUGCUGUGGCAUUCUGCACAUGGGCAGGGAAGCGAUUACCAACUGAGGCUGAAUGGGAAUACAGCUGUCGAGGAGGCCUUGAGAAUAGACUUUUCCCGUGGGGCAACAAGCUUCAGCCAAAAGGUCAACAUUAUGCCAAUAUCUGGCAGGGAGUGUUCCCCACUAAUAACACUGCAGAAGAUGGAUACAAAGGAACUGCGCCUGUCACUGCAUUUCCUCCCAAUGGAUAUGGCUUGUACAACAUUGUAGGAAAUGCCUGGGAAUGGACGUCUGACUGGUGGGCUGUUCAUCAUUCAACAGAAGAAGUUCACAACCCUAAAGGGCCCUCAUCAGGAACGGAUAGAGUGAAGAAGGGUGGAUCCUAUAUGUGCCAUAAGUCCUACUGCUACAGGUAUCGCUGCGCGGCCCGCAGUCAAAACACUCCUGACAGCUCUGCUUCGAAUCUGGGCUUCCGCUGCGCCGCAGACACCUUGCCGGAGCCACCGUGA